UGAAACUGCCAGAAUUCCAGGAAAAGUACCAGAUGUUACUUCCUGUCCACAUAGCAAAACUUGAAGUAUGUCACUUCUGCAUGUAAGAGUUGGCUAUCUGCUGGGUCUCUUUGUAUUUACAUGAUAUUAACUUAAUAUAGAUUUAAUUAAUACAAAAUAGUCCACCAAAUUAUGAUGAACGGUUACAAUAUUUAUAUAAUAUGUAUUUUUGAGAUAAAGGUCAUCCAAGGCCAAAGUCAACUAUGGCCUUUCCCUAUGAUUCAUAUUUAUAUUUUUAUUUAUUCCAGAAAUUCAUAUUUGGCGAUAUAACCUCCUGAUAUAGAACAAGUCAAGUUAUCUUGUGUACAAGUCACCAGUACUGAUAUGUCGACAACUGCCAUCCUCAUUGAAUUUUUUUCCUGAACUUCUAUUAUUUUAAUGUAUACCAUAUUUUGCUUUGAUGUGGAUUUAUUUCAGCUGAAAAAGUUGCAUCUUGGUCUCCAGUAGAUAAAAGUAAUGCGUGGGAACUGAGUGGACAAUUUGAGGGAGACAUCAUGCUUUAUGAAAAUGCAGACAUUAAAAAUGCAUUGCAAGAUGAUAAUGCACGUUGGCCAAAGGCUGUUGUACCAUACUUCAUAGAAAAGGCAGACUUUUCUGAAGAAGAUCUAGAUGUAAUUAACAAAGCUUUUGAAGAAUAUCACACGAAAACUUGUGUGAAAUUUCGGCCAUAUAAGGAAGACGAUGAGGAUUUUAUCACAAUACAAGGAAAGCAGUCUGGAUGUUGGUCUUUUGUUGGGCGCCGUGGAGGUGGCCAAGUUGUGAACCUUCAAAAUCCUGGCUGCGUGCACCUUGGAAUAGCUGUGCAUGAACUGCUUCAUGCUUUAGGAUUUUAUCAUCAGCAGAGUGCAUAUGAAAGAGAUGACUUUGUCAAAAUCAACUGGAACAACAUCAAGCUGGGUAACAACUGAGAAUAAAUAUAAUUUCAUACAUCAUUUAGAACUUCAGAUCCAGGUAUAAAAAGCAUUACUUCAUGUAAAAAUGGACAAUCACAUUAUGAUUUUAUUAGAAGUUUAGUAUCAUCAAAAUAAUUAAAAUAAUGUGAGUAAAAAUUGAAAACAAAAACUGUGCUUGUCUUUUAUACUAAAUAUUGAGAAAAAAGAGAUUAUAUGUUUGACUGAAUUUAUUCAGAAAUGUACACUAUUUGAAGCAUUACUGAGAUGUCAGAUGGAAGAUAUGAUAUCUUCACCAAACAGGCUGAACUAGCAGUAAUGAUCUAGACUUAUACCGAGGUGCUUGUUUUGAAUCUCAUCUAGAACAGUGACUGUUAUAACAGAAGAUUUUCGUAGUUCUUCUCAACUCUAGGCAAAUUCCAGAAUAGUACUCAACUGCACAAUGACUGCUUCCUUGCAAAUCCGUUCCAAUUUAUUAUUCAUCUUAUCGUGCUAUGUUAUAUAGCCUUAUUACUGAAAGAAUUGUGGGAACAGUCUGAGAGUCUGAGUCACGUUGCAACUG